AUGGACUCCCAGUGGCAGCAGGGCUAUGCCGACUCGGCCGCCUCUGCGAGGAGAUACAAUGGCAGUGGCGCCCAGAUGCCUCGGGGGGAUUACAAUGGCCAACCGGCUCCGCAAGGUCAGCCGCCUGCCGGCUUCAAAUACGACCAGUACCAGAGCCCGGGCGGCAUCUCUUCUCACGCCGCCAGCGCUGCCACGUCGCCCAUGUCCACCCCCCAGAUGCGCGAUAACAACGGCGAUAUUCCCAUGCACGAUGUCCCGGACUCGUACACUGGUAUGAAGUACCCCAUGAGACCCCAUCAUCAGUCUCAUGCCUCUGGCAGCCGCUCCUCUACUCUCUACUCGUCCCAGGAGCCAUCUGCUGCUGCCCAACGAUACUCACCGAUGGAGGCUCUGUCCCCCACCUCACCCUACACGUCCAAGUCUGCGCAAGGCCAGUUCGCUUCACCCCCGGGCCAACGACAGUCUCCUACGAGGCAAUCCGAUUACAUGCCUCAGAGUCCUCACUAUGGUGGACGCCAGCAGCCUCCGCAGCUCCCUCCGAUUGCGCCCUACGGCUCUGCUCACGACGGCUACCCGUCCGCCGUCGUUGCCAAUAUUGACGGCGCUUUUGCGACCGAUCCCAAAUCCCCGCGCCGCCCGAUCCCGCAGAACAUGCCCCGAGGGCCUGCUCCCGAAUUCAGGCAAUGCAGAGCCCCGACCGACCUUCGUCCCAAAGUCAACGCCCAGCCUCCUUUCCGGCGCGCGAACCCAGAAGGAGGAUUCAUCAGCCCCCUCCAAGCUCUGACAGUGCACCUCCCCGCCACCUAUAGGAUAUGCAACCCGAACUUCAAGUACGAGUCGUCGCGUAACCCUCGCCGGGUUCUGACCAAGCCAAGCAAGGGCGUCAAGAAUGAUGGAUACGACAACGAAGACAGCGACUAUAUCCUUUACGUGAAUGAUAUUCUGGGCUCAGAAGAAGCCGGCCAUAAGAACCGGUACCUCAUUCUCGACGUUUUGGGCCAGGGCACCUUCGGUCAAGUUGUCAAGUGUCAGAACCUAAAGACGCAAGAAGUGGUUGCUGUCAAGGUCAUCAAGAACCGCACUGCGUAUUUCAACCAGAGUAUGAUGGAGGUGUCGGUUUUGGACUUGCUCAACACAAAGCUCGAUAAGAACGAUGAUCAUCACCUUUUGCGGCUCAAAGACACCUUCAUCCACCGCCAGCAUUUGUGCCUGGUCUUCGAGCUCCUCAGUGUCAACCUGUACGAGUUGAUUAAGCAGAACCAGUUCCGAGGUCUAAGCACGACUCUCGUUCGCGUUUUUGCUCAGCAACUUCUCAAUGGUCUGGCCCUCUUGAACAAGGCGCGGCUUAUCCAUUGCGAUCUGAAGCCCGAGAACAUUUUGCUCAAGAACCUCGAGAGCCCUAUAAUCAAGAUCAUCGACUUCGGUUCGGCAUGCGACGAACGGCAAACAGUCUACACCUAUAUUCAAUCGAGGUUCUACCGAUCCCCCGAAGUCUUGUUGGGGCUGCCUUACUCGUCAGCCAUCGACAUGUGGUCGCUCGGCUGCAUUGUCGUCGAGCUGUUCCUAGGCCUCCCGCUGUUCCCCGGCUCGUCCGAGUACAACCAGGUUUCGCGAAUUGUCGACAUGCUCGGAAACCCACCAAACUGGAUGAUCGAGAUGGGUAAGCAAGCCGGCGAGUUUUUCGAGAAGAGGCAGGACGAGUUCGGCCGACGGACGUACCAGUUGAAGAGCAUGGAGCAAUAUGCCCGGGAGCACUCGACCAAGGAGCAACCGAGCAAGAAGUACUUCCAGGCAAACACUCUGCCGGAGAUCAUCAAAUCUUAUCCCAUGCCUCGCAAGAACAUGAAGCAGAGCGAGAUCGAUAGAGAAAUGAACAACAGAAUCGCCUUCAUCGACUUUGUCAGAGGAUUGCUGAACAUAAACCCCUUGGAGCGUUGGUCGCCGCAGCAGGCCAAGCUGCACCCGUUUAUUACUCAGCAAAAGUUUACUGGACCCUUUGUACCGCCAAUGAACUUGAAGUCCAGCUCCCUCAACCGGUCUCCGGCACCAGGCACGCAGCAGCAGCAGCAAGCCGAAGCGUUGAGCAAGCAAAGAGCACAGGCAGCUCAAGCGCAGGCGAACUCCGCUGCACAAGGGGCCUACGCACAGAUGGCCUCUCAAUACCAACAACCCGGGCACCCUCAGCAGCCACCCAUCUACAACAACCAGCAAAUGUACACGCCGAGCAGCAGCCACGCAGCUCAACCACCACCCUACGGGGCCCAGCAAGGUGCCUAUGGCCAGAUGGUUAUGACGCAACAGCCAGCGCAAAUGCCUCCCGGCCCUUAUGGCAAUAUGUCUCAGCAGCCCGGCCUAUACCCCCAGCAAGGCAUGCGACCGGCGCGCCAACGUGCUUCGACCAUGGAGCAGCAGCAAAGUGGCAUCCCGGCCGCCAUCCAGCGCGUUGCGAGCCACCUUGACCCCAGCCAGCCGAUUCGCCUGCAACCCAGCCCUGCUUACUAUCCCCCUCCUGCGGACGGCGGCAUGGCUGGUAUGGAAAACGCGGCUCAACGAGCAGGUAGACGAGGAAGCCGUGCGCAGCAAGGAGGAAGAGGUAACCGGGACUUCAUCCGCAAUCUUGAGGAGCGGACGCUAGAGGAAGGAUUCAUGGGAAACCAGCAGAACCCUUGGCAUUGA